AUGACAUCCGGGACGUACACGCCAUCGCCCUCGUUCAAUGCAGCAGUUGCCUACCUCUCCUCACCGUCGUACCGAGGUUCACCAUCCAACGCUACAAAACUCGAGCUCUACGCCCUGUUCAAAUACACAACCACCCAAUCGGCCAAACCGACUUCUUCAAGACCUGGCAUCUUCGAUUUCACGGGACGCGCUAAAUGGGAUGCGUGGGCUGAGAUAGGGAGUAAGUAUCGGAGUGUCGAGGAGGCGGAGAGGAGGUAUGUCGAGCUUGCGAGAGAGUUGGGGUGGGACGGCGUUGUUCCCGUCGAGGCUUCUUCUUCAAGUUCUUCAGGUCCUGAACGAUCGUCUGAGCGACCCAAAGCAGAAGAAGGGGAAGAGGAGGAAAUACAGUGGGAUAGUAGCGACGACGACGAAUCCUCGCAACCGCCCAAAGCAGGUGGGAGCGGCGGUGGAGGACGGGGAGGAGGGCAGGGUUUAGGCGUAACAGUAAGCGCCGUCGCUCGACCUGAAGAGGAAAGCAGCGGGGAUACCAAGAGUCUGCACGGCGUCGUGCUCAACGGAGAUCUCUCACUGUUACAAGACCUAUUAAACAAGGAUCCAACACUGAACCUGGACGCGCCAGACGAAUAUGGCUACACACCCCUGCACCUCGCAGCCGACCGUGGACACGUCGAGAUCGUCAAAUUCCUCCUCUCAAAAGGUGCAAACCCAACCCUCAAAGAUCCAGACGAGUUUACACCUCUUGAACUGGCGCAGGUGUCGGGGAACGAGGAGAUUGUGGCGGCUUUAAAGGAGGCGACGUGA